AUGCUGAGGGAGCUCCAGCUCUCCCUGUUGGUCAUGCUGCUGCUCUCCUGUGGCUUCCUCUUCCAGCUCACCCGGAAGUCCAGCUGCCUCUUCUCCUGCCUGCCCCCCGACAAGUCCCAGCAGGGGCUGGAAGCCCUGCUGGGCAAGGGACGCAGCAUCGUGUUCCUAGAGACCUCUGAGAGGAUGGAGCCGUCCCCGCUGGUCUCCUGCGCUGUGGAGUCUGCCGCCAGGGUUUACCCUGAGCAGCCGGUGGUGUUUUUCAUGAAGGGUCUCAGCAGUCCCACGCCGCUGCCCCCAAACUCCACGUACCCAGCCUUUUCCCUCCUCUCGGCAAUAGACAAUGUUUUCCUCGUCCCUUUGGAUAUGAAAAGCCUGUUUGAAGACACACCACUGUCUUCAUGGUACACUCAAGUCAACGCCAGCGCAGAGAGCCACUGGCUGCACGUCAGCUCGGACGGGGCCCGCCUGGCCGUCAUCUGGAAGUUCGGGGGCGUGUACCUGGACACGGACAUCAUCUCCAUCAGGCCGGUCCCCGCGGGGAACUUCCUGGCGGCGCAGGCCUCCCGGUACUCCAGCAACGGGGCGUUCGGCUUCGGCGCGCGCCACGCCUUCCUGUGGCGGUGCAUGGAGAACUUCGUGGAGCACUACGACUCCGGGGUCUGGGGCCGCCAGGGCCCGGACCUCAUGACCAGGAUGCUCAGGGUGUGGUGCAGGCUCGCGGACUUCCGGCGGGAGCUGGGCGACCUCCGGUGUGUGGACGUGUCCUUCCUGCACCCCCGGAGGUUCUACCCCAUCCCCUUCCCCGAGUGGAGGCGCUACUACGAGGUGUGGGCCCCGGAGGAGCCGAGCUUCAACGGCUCCUACGCGCUGCACCUGUGGAACUACAUGAACCGGGAGGGCAAGGGCGUGGUGCGGGGCAGCAACACGCUGGCGGAGCGCCUCUACCGUCAGCACUGUCCCAGGACCUACCGGCACCUGGUCCGGGGCCCAGAGCCGGGGGUGACUGGGGAGUCGGGCCCAGGGAACAAAUAG